AUGCAACCUAAAAAACACAAUUCAAAUUUAAGCAACUCUAAAAUAGAAAAAAAGUAAUUGGAAGAAAAAGUCAAUUAAUUUAUUUAAGAGAAUGAUGGGUUAAACUCUAGUGAUUUAAUAAACAAAGCAUCAAUGGUUAAAAAAUCUGAUUAAAAAUCUACUAGUUAAAAUAAAAAGCUUCCUAUUGCGAAAUAAUAAGAAUAGAAAAUAGGAAAGCCACCAACAAACAAAGAAACUGAAAAAUAAAUAAUUUAAUAAAAACCUGCUUAGAUAAAAAAAGAAGAAGCAAUUUAACUAAACAAUGUUUCUUAGACAGAAUCAAUGAAAACUACUAGUACGAUAAAUGAAAGAUAGUUACAAGUUAAAUUAAAGGAAAAAUAAAGGGAGAUGCAACUAUUAAAUGACAAAGUGAAAAACUUAGAAUCUGACAUAAUGUUAUUGAAAAACUAGAAUAAGGAAUAUUAAGAGUUAUUGAAUGAGAAAACAAUGAAAACGACUUUACAUUAUAAUCAAAGACGCUAUUUAGUCUUGUCUUAAAAUAUAUUAAGCAAGCAAUAACAAAUUUUCAGAAUGACUUAGAUCGUCUAAUUAACAAGACAGAUAUAAUAUGAAUUGGAAAAUCAACUUAUCAAUUUGAGAGAAACAAUGGAGAGCAUUUAGGAUACCUACGAUGGAGCUUAUAAAAUUAGUACCUUUUGCGAUAAACAAUUGGAACGACUAAGAUACAUUUAAUCAUAAUAAUUGCAUGAGUAGGAGGUGCAAUUCGAAUAAAAAAAUAACUCUUAGAAGCACAUUUUAUUAACACUUUCUAAAGUGGAUGCUUGUAUCUCGGAAGUAGUCAAUUUAUUUGAUAGUAAUAGAUAAUAGUAUAAUUUUAUAGAUGAAUAAUUGAUAUCAAAAUUAGAUGCCUUAUCAAUUAAUCUAAACCGAGUGAUUCAAUGCAAAGAAUUGCCAAACAUCAAUCUUAAACCCAAUUUAGUAAUUUUAUAAGAGGAAUUUCAUAGAAUUCAAGGAACUUUCAAUAGUAUAUUUCCUCAUUACAAUAGUGUGAGUGAAUUAAUAAAAAAGUAAAUACAAAAUGAUUUAAUUUAUUCAUAACUUGAGGAUAUUUCAAAAGAGUCAAAAGAAUUAAAGAACUGUCCCUUAGCUAUUCGAUAAAUAAAUAUUCUACGAUCAUUGGUCAUCCAUUGUCUCCUCUCAAUUCAUACAUUCAAUUUCAGACCCACUUUUAAACCAUUUUUUGAGAUAAUUUAACCAUUUCUAUAGGAUUGCUAAGGGAUUUUCGAUUAAUAUUAGGAUAAUAACUAGUAGAUGGGACAAUAGAUCAUAUGGGAAUUAUGGAAGUCUAGUAACAAAAAUCUCUAAUAAUGUACAGAGAAUAUUGCAAAGGAGAUAAAUUAGAUGAAAUAGGAAUACUCUGGGUAUUGGAAUCACAAAAUAUUUGAUCUUUAGUAGAAAUGA